GAAGCGGAGUCACCCGGAGCGCGCGUGAGGGCCGAGGCCCCUGGCUCCAGCAUCAGAAGCACUCGUGUGUCUGCUCCAUCUGUCUGCUGUCUGCUCGAGUGCCGCGCGUCAGCGCUCUUUAUCUCGGCGGCGCGGGCGGCGCGCUCAGUCUCCGUCUCGCUCGCUCUCUCUCUCCGUGUCUCUCAUGGCCUCCGAGCGCUCGUCCGCUGAGAGCCGCUCCUCCUCGCACCUGAGCUCCGACCCGACCGGCACCGGCACCGACGCCGCGGCCAACAGCAUGUGGGAGGAAAGCUUCGACACCGAGAAUCACGGAGUGAGCACUAAGAGAGAUUACUCUCCUGUGUCCUGGAGCGAGUACUUUGAGAUGAUGGACGACGUGGUGAUCGGGUCUGGAGAGACUAAGGAUGUGUUUCGUGUGUAUAAGAGCGGUCAGGACGGUCCUCUGCUGGUUCUUCUUCACGGAGGAGGACACUCGGCCCUGUCCUGGGCUGUUUUUACGGCAGCGAUGACCAGUCGGGUCACUUGUCGUGUUUUGGCCAUGGACCUCAGGGGUCACGGAGCGACGCAGGUCCGGCACGCAGACGACCUCUCCACACAGACCAUGUCCAGAGACGUAGCAUUUGCCAGGUUUCUGGAGCUGGCUCUAGGUUUCUCCUCCGUAGGUCUGCAGCAUGAUUUAGCCUCGAGUGAGGUCAAAGGUCAGCGUGCAAACACUGACGAGUGCGUGUCUUGCGCAGGAAGUGCGAUGGACGUCUUGCACAGCAUGCAGAACUUCCUGAGAGGACGACCCAAAUCCUUCAAAUCCAUCGACCACGCCAUUGAAUGGAGUGUAAAGAGCGGACAGAUCAGAAACCUUGAGUCUGCUAAGGUGUCGAUGGUGGGACAAGUGAGACGGUGUGAGGUGGAGGAGGGAGACUCGGCCGAGCCGGUCAGUCCGGUCACUGAGAGCGUGGUGGAGGGACACGAGGAGUUUUACGACCUCAACUACGUGACGGAUAAAGCGGAGAGCAGCGCCUCAGCGGAGCCGUGCAGCGUGUACAGCUGGAGAAUCGACCUUUCUAAAGCAGAGAAAUACUGGGACGGCUGGUUCAGAGGGAUAUCCAACCUCUUCCUGUCCUGCAACGUCCCAAAACUGCUUCUGCUGGCAGGCAUCGAUCGACUGGACAGAGACCUGACCAUUGGACAGAUGCAGGGUAAAUUCAUGAUGCAGGUGCUGCCCCCCUGUGGACACGCAGUGCAUGAGGACAUCCCAGAUAAAGUGGCAGACGCUUUGGCAAGUUUCAUGAUCAGACACAAAUUCGCUGAAGCUCGCAGCGAAACUAAAAGCUCCUCGUACCCGUUCAUGCGAUGAAAACAUGAGAGUGAGUGACGUUUUUCUCGUCUGUCAGUGUUUGUACAGCCACCAUCUCUCCUGUCUGCACUCGUGCAUGUUUUUGUCCCUCAGAUAAAGCAGCAGACGCCGAGGAACAGGCCCGAAACCUCCGCCAGAUCAAAACAUCCUUCACUUUCUGCAAAAAAAAAAAAAGAAGCUAGUUUUGACCGUCAUUACGCCGAGUUUAGAAUAAAGAUUUGAAUGUUCAUUA